CGGCCGUUAUAUAAGCGAGACGGUUGAAAGCGAUUCGCCAUUUUUUCUCCAGGUCGGAAAGAAACGAGUUUGUUGGUGAAAAAAGGACAGGAUAUUGAAAGAAUAACUAUGGCUAGAAAGCUCAUUUUUUUGGUCGUGCUUGCAACUUUGGCGUUAAUCGCUGUUCGCGCAGAAGAUGAUUUCAAGGAAAUAGACGAUGCAGAAGAGGAAUACAUGGAAUCAAAAGUUGAAGACGACGAGGAAAGCGAGGCUCGAGCCCCAAGAAGAUUUGGCUUUGGAAGAAGAACCGGAAGUAGAUCAUCGCUGGGUACUCGAUCAUCAUCAGGAUUUUUCAGAAGAACAAGUUCUUCGAGUCGAACUAGCAGCAGUGGAUUCUUUAGAAGAAAUCGUAGUACAGGUGGAAGCAGCAGCGGUGGAUUCUUUAGAAGAACUCGUAGUACCGGUGGAUCCAGUAGUACCAGAGGCGGCUUCAGAUUUGGGAAUAGAGCCGGUACAAGUGGAACUCGCAGUGGCGGUUUCAGGUUUGGUCGAAGAUCAGGCAACGGCGCUGGUGGUUCAAGCACAAGACGCUUUACAUUCAGGAGAACGAGACAAACCACAGGGGGUGGAUCCACUGGGACAAAUGGUGGAGGUGGAAGCGCGAUUGGUGCGUGGCAGAAACUGGGCACCAUCAUAGAUCUGGCCCAGUUGGGAGCCGGAGUUGCCAAUACAGUUCUAGAACAAAUGUCAAACGUGGAACGCAAAAUUGUUAUAACUCUUGGAAACGUGGAGGGAGCUCCCUGGCAAGGCGGUACGGCUUACAUGAAAGAAGGUUCUCUCAUCAAAGUCCUCCCCCCUAACGUGCCGGUGGAAGAGGGUGUCCUCAUGGGAGGAGUAAAAAAGGCAGGUCCUUCGGCAACAGGGGUGUCAGGAGCGUUCUGCUACGGCUUUGAAGAGGCGCCCGAAUCGUUCUGUGUUAUGUUUAAACUGCCCUGGAGUGGCGAGAAUCAGUGGAAUGUAAAGGUCUAUCCUGAGCAAAAGCAAGCAAGCGAGUCGGUUUACAAUGACCUUCAAAAAGAUGCGAUCAAGGCGAGCCAGCCCAUAACAAAGAAAGUUAUUUACACUGGCGAUGGAUACCAGUUCUUCAUCAAAGAUGCUUCCAUGACAAGCUCCGGACAGGCAAACUUGCAGUUCAGCUUUGGUAUUGAGAAUUAAGACCCAGAACCACGCAAGAACGGGAGGACUUUAGCUGCUUUAGAAUGGAUUAG